UUGGUCUGCCGGCAUUCAGUGUCUCGCGCCAACAUUGGUAGGACAGCAUCUUGGUCCAGUUACUUGGCAGGAAUACCGGCGCGAGCUUUCAGAUGAGAUUCUUGUGAACCGCGAGGAAAAUGCCUGUGAAAAUGGGCGAAUUCAGGACUGGCAUGCCCAGAUUUUUGUGGUUGUGUUUGUUAGUGACUUUAUUGCUCGUUGUGGCCGAUUUUGGAGCCGCCGAACCAAAUAAGGUGGAUUCCGACCUAAUUUUCGAUAGUCUAGAUCAAAAAAAAACAUUAGAUUCACAAAAUAAUCAUCAUACGGUUCGAAGAAGACAAGUUGAAGAUGACGUUCCGUCCACAGAAGAUCACCAUUGGCUCUAUAGCACCCUAACUAGGCUUAAGAGGAAUAUAGACAAUUUCUUAGGUAAACCGAAACCAACUACAAUAAGAAACAGCCAUAAGAAACAACAUGACAAACGACAAGCGCCAGACGAAAAUGAAGAAAACGAAGAUGAAGAAGAUGAUGAUGAUGAAUUUGAUGUUGAAGAUCCAGACGAAGAGUAUGAUGAUUCGGACUUAAAUGACGUUUCCACUUCCACUAUACCAAAUGGAACUCUUACCUUAAGCAAACAUACAACAGAGGUUUCUACAACUACACAAGCUAAUCUUUUCGCUGGUCAAUGGUUUUCUUUGAAACCUUCAUGGUAUAUUCUUCAACCAAGCAUAACAGAAGAACCUGAUCAGCAACAAGUUAUUUCUGAUGUGGAAAAAACCACAGAAAUGAUGAAAUCUACCAUUCCAGAAACCACGAAAAGUGCAGAAGAAAUUGCACGAAAAAGUAAAAAUAAGAAUUCCAGAAAUAAUUGGUUUACCUUAAAACCAAACUGGUUCACCCUUCAAUCGGGCAAUGUUGAAACCCAAUCUUCUGAAACAAUGGCUACAACUACUUCUCCAGUGAGCAAUUCUACUAGUUCGUUAAGGUUUCCCCAACAGUCCAGCAAACAGAUGGAGAACUAUGUUACUAAUGAUGCUACGAGCAAAAUUGUCAAAGAGCCAUCGGAACUUCGAGAGAAACCUUCUACAAGUCUAUUCGAUUUUUCUAUUUUCACUAAGACUACUGAGUCUACAAAUCAACAAGAACAGACCAAUAUAGAUGAUUUACCUGGACCCAAUGAAGUUAUCUCAGAAACAACUUCUGCUCCAUCAAGUCUGUUAAAUUUUUUUACCGAUUUAAGAAAGAAUACUCGUCCUAUUGAUCAACAGGAACAGACCAACAUUGACGAUUUACCUGGACCCAAUGAAGUUAUCUCAGAAACAACUUCUGCUCCAUCAAGUCUGUUAAAUUUUUUUAACGAUUUAAGAAAGAAUACUCGUCCUAUUGAUCAACAGGAACAGACCAACAUUGACGAUUUACCUGGACCCAAUGAAGUUAUCUCAGAAACAACUUCUGCUCCAUCAAGUCUGUUAAAUUUUUUUAACGAUUUAAGAAAGAAUACUCGUCCUAUUGAUCAACAGGAACAGACCAACAUUGACGAUUUACCUGGACCAAACGAAGUUGAAGUUUUCUCAGAACCAACAUCGGCGCCAUCUUUAUUUGGGGGCCCUUCUUGGUUCGGUGGUAAUCCUUGGUUUUCUGUCAGUAGUACGACAGAGGGUGGAAGUAGUUCCUGGGAAACAACUGCAACUGAAUCAAAAACUACAACUGAACCAACUCCAACUGAACCAUCUAGUGAUUCAGGCUUCUUUGGUGGCUUCAAUAUUUUCGGUUCAGAUAAUUCCGAUAAAGAGAAAACAACUACUACUACUAUAGCAACUACCCCUGAAGCGAGCUACGAACAAAAUAAAUUUACAACUACGCCCAGUUCCAUUUUUGAGACCACGCAAACAUUGGAGACCAUAGAUAUUACUACAAGUAAUAAUAAGAAUUUUGGACCAACGGAUGAGGAUACCAUUCCUACUCCUUCUAUAAUAAACCCUCCUAGAACUUCAGCUCCUUACGAUGUUCAUUCGUCCAACACAGAUUCUUUGGACGACACCACGACAACAAGAAGGCCUUUCCCAAGCUUCCCAGAGGACACUGAUGAUGAAGAUGAUCUAGAAGGUUCUGGAGAAAGAUCUUCUGGAGAUGGAGAACCAACCAUUCCUGAACAGACCCAACCAUCUGUUGUUAAACCUGUUGAUGUUAAAGGUUAUUAUCGUAUCACACUGGUAGUAAGGGAACCAUUCAAUGAAAAAUUCAACGAUCGCAAUAGCUACGAAUACUCAGAAUUUGCAGAUCAUAUCAAAUCGGCAAUCGAAGAUAUUUAUGCAGUAACUCCUCAUAUAAGUUCACUCUCUGUCAUCAGUAUACAAAAGCGUCCUUCAGAUCCAUUCACAUCACGUGUGAUACUCGAUUUGGGCAUCAGCACCCCACCAACUAAUGAUGAUCAAUUGAAGAACACUUUGCUGGAUCACAUUCGCAAAAACCGUAGGAUUGGACGUUAUGAAGCUCUUCCAGAUGAAUUCAAUUUCUUCAAAUUCGACGUACAUCGUACCUGUCAAGAAUAUGAAAUACCUUGUCUCAAUGGAGGAUGCUUUAAUGUUACUUCUAGAUGUGACGGUGUAAACGAUUGUUCUGAUCGUUCAGAUGAAGAAGAUUGUGAGAAACCUGAAAUCCCAACCACUACUAUUACCACCACCACUACCAUUACGACAACCCCCACCACCACUACAACCACCACAGAACUACCUCCAACCACAACUGCAGGAACUACAACGACCACAACUGAGAACAUCGAGGGUAGUGGAGAAGAAAAUUGUAGAGCAGAUGAUGCACAACCUUGUUCUGAUGGUUCACGAAUCAUUUGUUCUGAUCAAGUGUGCGAUGGCGUCAGGGAUUGUAAUGAUGGAGGGGAUGAAGAGAACUGCCAACCUGAUUGUACAAGCGGAGAAUUCAGCUGUGAUCUCACCAGAUGUAUUCAGGCUAAACAACGUUGUGAUGGAACACCAGACUGCCACGAUUUGACUGACGAACAAGAGUGUACAACUUGUGUUGGAGAUGCUUUCCAUUGCGAUUCUUCCAAAUGCAUAACAUCUAGCAAGAAAUGUGAUGGAACCCAAGACUGCAUAGACGGUACUGAUGAGGCGAACUGCAAAGAAGAAUCACAAUGUGUGUCUGGACAGUUCCAGUGUCAAGAUGGAACAUGUAUCAACGAUUAUCAAAGAUGUGAUAGACAAACAGACUGCCGAAAUGGUGAAGACGAACAAAAUUGUCCAGCUGGAUGUAGCUCAGACGAAUUUGCUUGUGGAGAUGGUAAAUGUAUUCCGCUAGCAGCCAAAUGCGAUAGAAAGUAUGAUUGUCCAGACAAAUCUGACGAGAAAAAAUGUCCGUGCCGUCCAGACGAUUUUCAUUGCACGAAUGGAUUCUGUAUCCCCUCUCGUCAGAGAUGCGACGGCGUCCACAAUUGUCAAGAUGGUUCGGACGAAGAUAAUUGUCCUAGCAAGGAAGGUUGUCCACCUCGAGCAUGGCAGUGCGCUGAUGGAGGUUGCAUCCACAUGUCUAACAGAUGCAAUCAAAUAAAAGAUUGUGCAGAUAACUCGGAUGAAAUUGGUUGCGAGCCAUGCAAAAUGGACCAAUUUCGAUGCGAAAAUGGCACCUGCCUCAAUCCAUCUCAGAGAUGUGAUGGCAUAGCUGAUUGUCCUUCAGCGGAGGAUGAAGCAUCCUGCGCGAAAUGCUCAGAAGACGAAUUUAAAUGCACAAGUGGUCAAUGUAUACCCGUUCGAGAACGUUGUGAUAGAGUUCGAAAUUGUCAAGAUGGUAGUGAUGAAAUGUCUUGUAACGAUGCGGGAAGGAGAUGCGAUGAUAGCGAAUUCAAAUGCGCUGAAGGUUAUUGUAUCAUGGGUUACAAAAGAUGUAAUGGCAUUGUCGAUUGCCCCAGUGGCAGCGACGAAGAGAACUGUCAACCCUAUCCACCGCCUGCAUCCGCUUCAUGUGCCUAUGGGGAAAUAAAAUGUAAGGAUGGAUCUUGUAUUAACGGAAAGAUAUGUGACCGGAUAUUCGACUGUUCCGAUGGUUCAGACGAAUCUGACUGUAAAGAAAUAUGCAGCCCCAGUCAGUUCAAGUGUGCUGAUGGUGAAUGUAUCGAUGAUUUUUUGAGAUGUGAUUCGAGAACUGAUUGCAAAGAUGGUUCGGAUGAGAAAGAUUGCGCUUUCUCAUGUCCUGGUGGACUUUUCCGUUGCACUGAUGGCUUGUGUCUGGACCCAAAACAAAAAUGUGACGGUUAUCCAGAUUGUAUCGAUGGCUCCGAUGAAAUAGAUUGUGGUUCAAAUACCACACGUUGUUCUCAAACCGAGUUUACUUGCUCUGAUGGAAGCUGUGUAUCUGAUAACUUAAGAUGUAAUGGACAAGAUGAUUGUAGAGAUGGAUCAGAUGAGAGAGAUUGCCCUUCAUGCCGAGACGAUGAAUUCCAAUGUGAAAACAACCAAUGUAUACCUCUAAGCAGACAAUGCGAUUCUAGACGCGAUUGCUCAGACGGUUCUGAUGAGUACAACUGCCAGCCGAAACGUUGUCCAUCUUCAGAUUUCACAUGCGGAGAUGGAAGCUGCAUCCCUAACUACUUGCAAUGUGACGGCAGACCUGAUUGUAAAGAUGGCACAGAUGAAUUGGAAUGUCAAUGCACCUCAGAACAGUUUCUUUGUCAGAAUGGACAAUGUAUUGAAGGUUACUUAAGAUGUGACGGUCGUAGAGAUUGUAGUGACGGUUCUGAUGAAUAUAAUUGUCCUACUGAGACACCACCUCCACCCACAGAACUGCCACCAACGCCUCCUCCAAGAUGUCCAAGUGGCUACUUCCAGUGCAGAUCUGGAGACCAGUGUGUGCCAACUUCGCAAGUAUGUGAUGGACCGGCAGACUGCAAUGAUAUGUCUGAUGAGACGGACUGUGCUGGACUGAAUCUGAAAGCCUACCCAAUGUCACAAACUAUAGGAGAAAAUGAUCCUAAGAAGGAACGAGAAGUUGUGUUCCAAUGUAGAGAUGAAGGAGUUAUAAGAGCACCUGUGCGAUGGACAAGACCAAAUGGACAACCUCUUCCUCCAGGAUCAGAGGAUAGAAAUGGUCGUUUGGAGAUGCCUAACAUCAAAGUUGAACAUAGUGGAGAAUACAUCUGCGAAGCUGUUGGUUAUCCACCUACCGCUAAGAAUGCGCAAGUGCGAGUUCAAUUGACUGUUGAAAGACAUGUACCACCACCUCAACCAAAACCAACAGCUUGUUCACCAUCCGAAGCAACUUGCUCGAAUGGAGAGUGCAUCCCUAAAGAAGACGUAUGCAAUGGACGCAGAGAUUGCACUGAUGGAUCAGAUGAACAGCGUUGCAAACCCAAUGGUUGCGAGCCCAAUGAAUUCAGGUGUGCCAGUAAAGGUUGUGUACUAAAAACUUGGAGAUGCGAUGGAGAAAAUGACUGCUUAGAUGGUUCAGAUGAGGUUGAUUGUACACCAAAUCCACCAGGAUCAGUAUGCUCCUACCAUCAUUUUGCAUGUCAUUCAAACAAUCAAUGUAUCCCCAAGAGUUUCCAAUGUGACUUUGAAAGAGACUGUGUAGAUGGAAGUGAUGAAAUAGGAUGUUCAAAACCGGUUAUAUCAAGACCAUCGCCACCAAUGGUGACAUUAGCUGUUGGAGAGCUCUUUGAAAUUACUUGUUCAGCUGUAGGUGUCCCUGUACCUCUAAUCAAUUGGAGGCUGAACUGGAAAAACAUACCUGCUAAAUGCAGAACCACAAGUGUCAAUGGUGUGGGAACUUUAACUUGCCCAGAUAUCCGCCCCGAAGACCAAGGUGCUUAUUCUUGCGAAGCGAUCAACAUCAAAGGAACUACAUUCGCCCAACCUGAUACCAUAUUGGUGGUUCAGACUGGAAAUGUAUGCCGUCCAGGAUAUUUCAACAGCGAUGCAAGGUCGGAGUCGGAAUGCAUCAAGUGCUUCUGUUUCGGUCACGGUGGUGAAUGUAGAUCUGCUGAUUUAUUCAUUUAUUAUUAUCAACCACCAUUUGAUACCUUGAAGCUUGUUGGUGCCCGAGUGGACCCGAUAACUGGAGCUGUAGAAAUCGGAGAUGAACAACUCUACAGAAAUGGUGCACCUCAGCUAACACCAGUUGGAUUACAAGGCUUGAAUAGUUACUUACCUCAAGCUGAAUUAAUUCAACCUAACUUAGUUCCAUAUUUCGCAAUGCCUGAGAACUAUCAUGGAAACCAACUAAAGAGUUAUGGAGGGUACUUGCGAUACACUGUGAAUCAUGGUAACCGAGCUUAUGAAGUUCCUGGACCAGAUGUUAUCCUGAGGGGAAACAACUUUGUUCUCCUUCAUCAAAGUAGAGAUACCCCUGAAAGCUUUAAAGAUGUAAAUAUGGCAGUGAGGUUCUUCGAAGGAGAGUGGGUAAUCAGGUCAGACAACUCACCUGAAAAAGUUGCCACAAGGGAAGAAAUCAUGAUGGCUUUGGCCAACAUUGAUAACUUGCUGAUAAAAUUACAAUACAACGAAGGUCCACUAAAUACAACUAUAUCCAACAUUGUCAUGGAAUCUGCAGCUGUACCUGACAAUAAUUUGGGAUCAGCAUCCUACGUAGAAGAAUGUACUUGCCCAGUUGGAUACUCUGGUUUAUCUUGCGAGAGAUGCGAUGAUGGAUAUGAAAGACAAAGCAAUGGACCAUGGCUUGGCCAAUGCUACAAAGUGAAACAACAAUGUCCACCUGGUACCUAUGGUGACCCAGAACGUGGAAUAGAGUGUCAAACCUGUCCAUGUCCACUCACCAAUCCUUCUAAUCAGUUUGGAAGAAGUUGUUAUCUGGGUCCAGAUGAUGAUGUUGUCUGUGAUUGUCCUGUUGGAUACUCUGGUAGACGCUGUGAACAAUGUAGUGCUGGGUAUGAGGGUGACCCAACAAGUCCUGGAGGUUCAUGUAAACCCCGGUCUCAAGAAUUGUGUAGUAAAGCUGGAUCAAGGGAAGUAUCUCCAGAUGGAAGAUGUAACUGUAAGGAUAAUGUUGAAGGACCCACUUGCAACCAGUGUAAACCUAAAACAUUUGACCUCAGCACUCAGAAUCAAUUUGGAUGUAUCUCAUGUUUCUGCAUGGGAGUUUCAUCUCAGUGUGUUAGUUCUGCUUGGUAUAGAGAUCAGCUAAGCUCCGCAUUUACCAGCUCGACCAAUGACUUCAGCAUCGUUAAUAUUGAUGAUAGAGAUUUAGCUAUUACUGAUGGCAUUCGAUUAGACUCUCAAACACGUCAGAUCCUCUACUCUUCAUUCGAAUCUCCGAAUGUAUUCUAUUGGUCUCUGCCUCCAAGAUAUCUUGGAAAUAAGUUAACUUCUUACGGAGGUUUCAUCAAGUACACCUUAAAACACGUCCCGUUACCAGGUGGCCAAAGUUCAAGAAAUUCGGCAGCCGAUGUUCAACUGAUAAGCAAAAACCACAUCGAUUUAUUGUACUAUGCUAAGGAACAAACCCUACCUAGUAAUACUGCCCAAACAUUUGUUGUUCCAUUGUUGGAACAAUACUGGCAAAGAAGUGACGGUCAGGUAGCUGACAGAGAACAUUUCUUGAUGGCAUUGGCAGACUUGAAGGCAAUUUAUAUUAAAGCAACCUACACUACGAAUACAAAGGAAGCAGCACUUGUAUCGGUAUCUUUGGACACUGCAAAUGUUCGCAAUACUGGAUUACCAGAUAGAGCAUCUGCGGUUGAACAGUGCUACUGUCCUGAAGGAUACAGAGGUUCAUCUUGUGAAGAUUGUGCACAUGGAUAUACUCGUGGUGUUAGUGGAUUGUAUCUGGGUACUUGUGAACCUUGUAACUGCAAUGGAAACUCAAAUGAAUGUAAUCCAGAGACAGGAGAAUGUAUUAAUUGCAGAAAUCAUACAACAGGAAGAUAUUGUGAGAGAUGCCUACCAGGCUAUGAAGGAGAUCCUCAAAAAGGAAUACCCUGCAGGUACAGAGAAGGUGGUUGUCAAUGUGAUCCAAAAGGCUCAUUAUCAAAUGAGUGCUAUAAUGGAGUAUGCAAUUGUAAACAAAACGUUCAAGGAAACUUGUGUGAUAGAUGUCGUCCUGGUACCUUUGGUUUAAGUUCCUCUAAUUUAGAAGGUUGCCAAUCAUGCUUCUGCUCUGGUGUAGCAAGUGAAUGCAGUGCCAGUAACUUAUUCGUUGAACAAAUCCCUACGCAAAUCUUAGACCAAAAUAAUCAUGGAUUCUCUCUUACUGAUCAAAACUUACAGAGGAGAAUAACCGACAAUUUCCAAUUCAAUUUUGCCAUCAACGAAAUAUCCUACAUGUUUGGCCCUGGUGAUUCUAGAUUAUACUGGUCCAUGCCUCAAAUUCUCACAGGAAAUCAAAUACGAUCAUAUGGUGGUAAAUUAGAGUUCCGUCAAAGAUUCGAUGAAUACGGUCGAGGUAGACCUAUACAAGAUCAAGAUGUUAUAAUAAUUGGUGAUAAGCUGACUAUUUAUUGGACGAAUCCAGUUCCUCUGAUUCCUAACAUUCAAAAUAAAGUCUCUGUUGCACUGAAUACUUCCCAGAAUUGGCAGCGUUUAGAUCAAUCUACAGGUCCAAGACCAGCAUCUCGAGAAGACAUCAUGAUUGCCUUAUCAAAUAUCAGAGAAAUACUCGUCAGAGCUCAACCGACUGACUCGACUCAGUCAUCGUCAAUUAGUGAUGUACUUUUGGACACUGCCAUUGAAGCUAGCACAACUAAGGGAACAGCAAUGAACGUUGAGAUGUGUCGUUGUCCUUUGGGCUACGAAGGAAGUUCUUGUGAAUCAUGUGUUCUGGGAUACUACAGAGAUGUGAAUGAUCUUAAUGCCGGACCUCUUGGAUCAUGCGUGGCAUGUCCUUGCACUGAAAAUGCUCAUGGAUGCAGUCUAGGUCCUGACAAUUAUGUUGUCUGUCAUUGUACUCAAGGUUACACUGGCACUAGAUGUGAAAACUAUGGUGUAAAAAUCGAGAUGACGCCACAAAAUGUAGUCAAACCGGAAGGUCAAAAGAUAACAUUUACUUGUAACUACACACAUCCGGACUUCUUACUGUUGAGUGUUAUGGAAUAUGGAGUAAUCAGGAAAAUAACCCAUGAGCCAUUCAUCACAUGGAUCUCUACAGUCGACUGCAGUCCUCACAUUGUCCAAUGCCAGCUUCGAACAAGGGAAAAUAACAUUGUUGGCUUGAUUUCAACAUUGAUAAAGCCGCUCAAAAUAGGUGAGCCAAAUAACACAGAUUCCAACAAUGAUUCCUCAAAUAAACCUCAAGUAACCAUCAAUGUGACUGUUACUGCUCCAAAUAUAAGGAUCUUUGAAAUUGGAAGCACACUGCGUCUUAAUUGUUCAGCUAUAUCUUAUAGAACACAAUCUCCUGCCCAGAUACACUGGAGCAAAGAUGGUGGACCUCUACCAGAAACUGCAAUCGAUGAUGGCAGAGGUUUUCUUAUCAUUACUAACUUGAAAGUCUCUGACUCAGGCAGAUAUAUUUGUGAAGCUCAGGAUGGUUACUCUAUUGUUACAAAGGAUUUCACUGUUACUGUAGGCACUUCACCACCAUCCCGUCCUAGAGUUGUGGUCAAUAAUCCUUAUGUGGAUGUCAAAGAGGGACAAAGAGUAGAAGUUCAAUGCGCCGCAUCUGGAAAUCCUACCCCCAAUUUCAUCCUUCAACGUUCAGAUAAUCAAUUAUUGAAUCCCAAGCACUAUUUUGAACAUGGCGUCUUCAGAAUCGACCAAGCAACAUUAUCAGAUGCUGGACGAUACAACUGCAUUGCAGAAAAUUCUUAUGGAUCUGACACUGCUACAUUUGAUGUAUAUGUGAGAGUAGUCGAUCUAGUUCGAGUAACUAUUGAACCAAACUCCUUAAGAGUUUCCUCAGGCCAAUCAUUCACUCUCAGGUGUCUAGCUCAAAACUACCAAAAUGUUAGAUGGAGCAAAGAGAAUGGUCGUUUACCAUACAAUACAAGAGAUGAAGGUGGAUACCUCGUAGUAUCAGAUGCAAAACCACAAGAUAGUGGAAUCUAUGUCUGUACUAUUACUGACACUACUACUGGAUCUUCUGGUCGAGGCUCAGCAGUCGUCGAAGUUGUUGAAAGUGAAGGUGAGUUUCCGACAGUUAGGAUAGCACCAGAGACACUCAGUAUCACCCACGGGUCAUCAGCAGAAUUAAGAUGUGAUGCAUAUGGUUCACCAACACCAACAAUUCAAUGGACUAGAGUAGAUAGAGAAUUGAGUGAACACGCUGAACAGAUCGGUUCUGUCUUGUACAUAAGGAAUGCUGACGAGAGAGAUAUUGGAACUUAUGUUUGUGUAGCUGUUAACAGCAAAGGAUUAACAAGAGCUCAUGCAACUGUCACAGUCACCAGAGGCAUGGUUCCAAUCGUUAGAAUAUAUCCCAAUGCGACCCAAAACGUUAUCGAAGGACACAAUUUAGACCUGGAAUGUAUAACAGAAGGUGGAACACCCGCCAGAAUAACUUGGGGCCGCAGAAAUGGUUUUCCACUUGGAAGAGACGUUGAACAACUUCAAAGAGGAACUCUCAGAUUCAAUAGAAUAUCCAAGAAUGAUGAAGGAGAAUACAUUUGUACUGCAGAAAACGAAGCUGGAACUGUAUCUGCAUUAGCCAGCAUCUAUGUUCAAUCCCCUCCAAGAAUUCGAAUUGAGCCUAAUGAAAAAGUAAUUUACAGAAGAGUUGGAGAACCUCUUAGAAUUCAAUGUUUUGCUAGCGGAACACCAUCACCCUAUGUGGCAUGGAAUAAAUAUUCCUCACCAGCGCCUGAACUAUUUACACAAACAAGAGAUUCUGCUGUGCUCGAAUUCAGACAGCUAUCAAGAAAUGACGAAGGCGUUUAUAUUUGCCAGGCAACUAGUGACUCAGGAACUACUCAAUCUCAGAUUCAACUAUUUGUAGAUUAUCUACCAACAAGGGGAGAUAUAACAGGUGAAGAUGCCACCUCAGGUAAUGGCUACAAAGAUUUGAUUUCCCCAGGAAAUGAGAAAGACUUCAAUAAAUAUACAGCCGCUGAAGGAACCCAAGCUGAAUUGAGAUGUUCUUUUGCUACUCUGAAUAAUGGAGGUUUAGAUCAAGUGGACACCAAAUGGGUUAGAGCAAAUAAUGCACCAUUACCCGAAAAUGCCUUUGUACGUGGAGAAAUAUUGUUUAUUGAUAAUGUGCAAGAAUCAGCUAAAGGUUUAUACAGUUGUUUGGGUACUAGAAGAUCAACAGGACAGUUGCUGUUCACUCUAAAUGCUUAUUUGGAUGUCAUCUCACCUCCAAAUAUAACACUGGAACCAAAAAGACAAAUAGUUCACCCUGGAGCUGACGCCUACAUUCAGUGCAGUGCUACUGGCCAACAACCUAUCACAAUAACAUGGUCUCCUAUGGGUCGUGAAUUCCCAUCUUCAGUUAAUGUCAGAAAUGGUCUUCUACAAUUCAAUAACAUCAAACUCAGUGAUGCUGGAAGAUAUCGUUGCACAGCAGUCAAUUCUGCGGGUGAAGCAGAUGCUGUUGCAGAUGUUUUUGUACAAGAAACUAGAUAUAGACCAUCAAUUACAGCUGUAAACAAAACUCCUGUCGCUCCUGUUGGCACUUCGGUUACAUUACAAUGUCGCAUUGAUAACAGCACAAAUAUUCAGUGGUCAAAGGAUAAUGACGAACUAUCACAAAAUACUUACAUAACCCCCGAAAGAAACUUAAGAAUUGAUAAUGUUCAGUUAUCGAACGAAGGAAGGUAUUACUGUAGCGAUGGAUAUACAAGAGAUUUUGUCGAUCUGAGAGUUACAGAUGCGCUAUGGGGUUGUUUGCCUGGCAAAUGGCAAUGUAGUGAUUUCAACUGUAUAUCAUACAAGAAGUUCUGCGAUGGGAGAUAUGAUUGCUCUGAUGGCAGCGAUGAACGGGAUUGCAACCCAAGAUAUCGACGGGUAACACAACCACAAAUACAACCCACUUUGCACAUUUCACCUGCUGAAAGAGAGUAUCGUAUUGGAGAAGAUAUUGAUAUACACUGUCAAAGUAAUCAGCCAGGUGCAAUCACAACUUGGUCGAAACCAUCUGGGUGGUUGGAUGACAAUGUACAAAGUGUUGGCGGUACUUUAAGAAUUUCGAGACUGAAACAAGAAAAUGCAGGAGUUUAUAGAUGUGAAGCACAAGGUUAUCAUGGUGUUUAUCAUAAAGAUUACAACCUUAAAAUAAUCGAAGAUAACUCUCAAUCUCCAGCUGAUAUUGAAACUAAAAUUGCUCCUAAGGGAUCUGGUGUCGUACUAGAAUGUAGAACAAACCUUCAAGAACCAAUUCAUUAUGUGUGGUCUAAAGCUGGUGGAGAGUUACCAAGAUACAUUGACCCAUACUCGAGAACUAUUCAAUUGAACGACCUAUCAAGUGCUGAUGCUGGGGCUUACCUGUGCUCUGCGAAAGAUAAUUACAGAUCUGUUGAAGUUCCAGUUAUUCUUGUCAUAACUGGUAUUGUUCCUUACUUUUCACAAGCUCCUGUUAGUUACAUAGCCCUGCCAACGCUAAUGGAUCCAUACAUACAAUUUAGUUUUGAAAUAUCUUUCAAACCAGAAAGAGAAGAUGGUUUGAUUCUUUACAAUGGAAACAAGCAAGGUGAACGUGGAGGCGAUUUCAUUUCACUUUCUUUGGUAGAGGGAGUUCCAGUGUUUAAAUAUAAUUUGGGUUACUCUGCCACUACAAUCAAGAGUAUCCCAAUAUCUAUUGGUCAAUGGCAUACAGUGAAGAUUGUUAGAAACAGGAAGAAAGUUACCAUGUAUGUCGAUGGAAAAGGACCUCAUACAGCUAUUGCAGAUGGAAAAUACAUUGGCUUGGACCUUACAGAAAAUCUAUACUUAGGAGGAGUACCAAGGUUCGACAGAAUCUCACCUGAAGUUGAAAUGGAUACAGGAUUUGUGGGAUGCAUUAGUAGAUUCAAGAUGGGACAUGCUGUCCAAGAUAUUCUCAGAGACGCCAUUGAAAAAGAGGGAGUAACUAACUGUGAGACAUGUUCAGAAAAUCGUUGUCAGAAUAAAGGUGUUUGCCAAGAAUCACUAACGAAUGAAGGAUAUGUAUGCAUUUGUCAUUCCGGCUUCAGCGGAGCAACAUGUAAUAAACCUAAAGGCGAAGCAUGUUCUCCAUAUUCAUGUGGUGUUGGAAGAUGUGUCGAGAAUGAAGUAGGCUUUGAGUGCAUGUGUCCUAUGGGUAAAACUGGUUCACGCUGUGAAAGAGAAAUCCAAAUAACUCAACCCGCAUUCAAUAAGGAUGCUUUUAUUUCAUAUAAUGUACCAAAACAGAGACGUCUGAAAUAUUCCUUGAAAUUCAAACCCAACAGUACAGAUGAUGGAGUGUUGCUCUAUUGUGGAGAAACUGAGGAAGGUUUUGGUGAUUUUGCAAGUUUGGCAAUGAAGGAUCGGCAUGUAGAGUUCAGAUUCGAUGUUGGUAAUGGACCUACUAUCGUAAGGAGUCCAAGGCAGAUCAAUGUGGGAGAAUGGGUUGCUGUAACAGCCAGCAGGAGUAUUAGUGAAGGAAGGUUGAUUGUUAGUGGAGACACCCCUGUUGUUGAAAGAUUCCCAGGAAAUAACAAAAAUCCAAAUCUUCUUACAUAUCUUUAUGUAGGAGGUGUAGAUAAGCAAAAAGUCAAAGUAAAUGAAGGUGUUGGUGUUUCUUCUGGAUUCGAAGGCUGCAUAUCAGAUAUUAAUAUUGGUGGUACAGAGGUUCACAUGACUAAAUCUGCUGUUGAGUCAUCGAAUAUACAAGACUGUAGUAGUGCUGUUUAUGAAAAUGACAUAGAUGACAACAGAAGAACAUCAUCCACUCCUUACAACCACCACGAAACAGGAUGUUCUAGCAUGCCUUGUAGAAAUGAUGGUAUCUGUAUGCCCUUAUCUCCUACACAAUACAGAUGCAACUGUGUGAAUGGAUACAGUGGAAAGGACUGUGAAAGUGCCCCUAAUCAAUGUGAAUACUUGAAACCCUGCCAAAAUAAUGGUGCUUGUAAAGGAAACACAACUAACUACUCCUGUGAUUGUCCUCUAGGAUUUUCUGGCACAAAUUGUGAACAAAGAGCCGAAUUGAAGACAGAUGCGCACUUUGAUGGAAAUGGAUAUUUAGAAUUUAGCCGAGAUAUGCUUCCACAUCAAAGCGAAAAUGAAGAAGAAGUUAUUGCACUAGAACUUUCAACUAACAGUUCAAAUGGCCUCAUUUUAUGGCAUGGGCAAUCUCCAAACCAAGAUGCACAAGGACAAGAUUAUCUAGCUCUUUCCCUGGAAAAUGGCAAACUGCAGUUCAGUUAUGAUCUUGGUUCUGGUCUUGUUUUAAUAUAUAACGAUGAAGUUCAAGUAAAUGAUGGCGAGAGACAUUUAGUCAUCCUCAAGAGACGUGGAAAGUCUGGUUCUAUAGAAAUCGAUCGACAAUACACACAAAGUGACAUUUCUGUUGGAACUGCAACAACACUCAACUGUCGUGGAAACAUAUAUCUGGGAGGAGCACCCAAUGUAGACUUCAUGACAGCAAAUAGAUAUACAAAUGGAUUCAUUGGGUGUAUUCAUAAUUUCGAAUUACAAGGAAGUCAGCAAAUUGACCUUGGUCGAAGAUCAAUAUCUGGACUGAACGUCAAGGCUUGCUCAAGCUAUGAAGGAAUAUACUCUUACGAUGAUCAUGAAGAAGAUAAUUUAACAAACUGAGUAAUUUAUUAGGCAGUCCACUUUUUUUUUGUAGAGCAUAUCCUUAUAUUACUUCAUCCAAUUAAGUGUUCACUCUACCUGUGUUCAUUUUAUUGUUUUUAUGAAUACUUCUGUAAGCUAUUAAUUCUAAGGCUUUUGUUUUUAAUUAAGUUUUUAUGCUCCAUCUCUGUUCUGUAUAUUUUUCAACUGCCAUUUUUCUGGUCCCUUUAUAGUUAUUUUUGUAUAAUUAAUUAAAUAUACAAUGUACAUUUAAGAUUCGUGCCAUUUUAGAGAUAGAUUAGAAUUAAAUUCUAAUAUUGAAAACUAUUGUAUACCAAACUCGAGAGGGAUAUCAAAAGUGACGGUCCAAAUACUUCUUUGGAAAUUAGAGUUUUAUCUUUCUAUUGGUGCUAAAUACAUAUAAUUUGGUUCGUGCUUACUGCUCUAUUUUUAUUACACUCGAUUUUUGUAUUAUAUUUUUCGGAAGAAAGGUAUAAGAAUCUUUUAUACCGUGAAUAUUAUUGAAUUCUUAUUUCAUACUGAAGUUUGUUUUUUUCUGAUGAAAUGAAAGAGUUAUCACAAAUUGUUCUGAUAUUAUUUUUCCAGCUGAAAUUAUAACAUAUUAGUUUUAAAAUAGCGAAUAAAAAUGCCUUCUGAUAAUAAAGUGUAAUUAACUCUUCAUUAUAUAUUAAGCAUUUUCAAUAACUCAAGACAAUAAAUAUGGAAUAAAUUUAA